AUGGCAAGCUCCAAGAGGAAUGAGCAAAGCGAGAGACUAGGGAUUUUCUUCACUGCAAUUUUCAUCAGCUCCUUAUCUGUAAUUUCAACCUUUCGGCUGGGCCAUGUGUUCCACACCACUGCAAUCUUCGAGGAUGGGCAUUCGAUGAUGUAUUCUUCAUUGGUCACUUCCACCGCCAUUAGCAGAAAGCCACGAAUCUUGUUGGGAAUCAACUGUAUCUACCCAUAUAGCAAACCAGAGGGAAAGAGGCGUCGAAUGGUGAGACAAUCCUACUUACAGUUUCACCGAAAUAUCAACAAGGGAAACAACAGGACUCAGCAGAACAAUAAUCGAAUAUGUUCCAUCCCAGAACUGGCUGCAUCAUCCCUAUCGUCGCCCUCGCCUAAGGACCCAAACGAUUGCAGAAUUGUCUAUACCUUUAUAUUUCCUAAUCGACGUGAAUCCACAAAGCCUGCUGAUAUCACGAGCAUGUUAUUGGGCAACAAGUCCACAGCUGAUGACAGCGACGAAAGGGAUGUUGUGCACUUCAAAGUCAGCCGGAUCACAGAUUCUAUGGAGCACUUUAUGGUAUGGAUGAAGUUUGCCAACCGAGUGCAAGAUGACAUACAUGAUGGCUCUUUAGGGAACCGGUUCGACUAUGUUGCUUUUGCAAGUGCCGAAGCCCUCAUCUACCCGAUCUCCUUUUGGAACGACAACCAAAUCUUCCACCAGUACCAGUCAUCUGUCUUUGCUGGGAUGAAGGAUGUGGGGACUAGUGGAAACUGUCAAAUGAAGUUCUGUUUGAAUUACCAUUUUCUAUGCCUAUCACAAGAUCUUGCCAGAUUCUUCUCUACCCAUGAUGGUGCUGGAAAAUUCCGUGCCCAACCAAUGAAUUCCUUUCAUCCACAUGUUUGGAAUCGUGUCGCCGUGUAUCAGAACGAAAGUGGCACACAAGUCUCGUGGCUUGAGAUAGAAGGAGUGAACAGCUAUGCUAAUCCACCGGAAGAGGUAAUGCCUAAGUGGGACAAGUACAUAUCUUCAAUCGGAAGUGAUUCGGACACCUGGAUGGACGAAGAUUUUCCUCAUUCCAUUGUCACCAGUUACAAGGGGGAUCCUCGCAUUCUGGUAGGUAUUUUCUGUACCAACCUCAAUCAACUGGAAAAGAAGCGGCGAGAAAUGCUACGUCACACCUACUUGACAACCUACACGGAGACGGACACCAAGUACCGAAUUUGCAGUUUGCAGAAUCUACUGGCGAAAACGAUUGAAGCGGAAAAUUGUCAAUUUGCCUAUACCUUUGUAGUUGGAGGAAAUAGUAGCGCACCAACGGAACAGAUAGAUACCGACGAUAUCCAAUCAAUUGCCAUUUCGCACCACAAUAUCCCAAGGGCAGAGCCGGAUGUGCUGUAUUUGAAUAUCAAGGAGAACAUGAACGAAGGCAAGUCCGAGACGUGGUUUCGGUACGCUACCUUGAUAAUAGAACAUGAACUGUAUUUCGACUACGUCGCCAAGAUGGAUACCGACACAAUCCUAUUUCCACAUUACUUUUUUGUUUACGACAUGGCAAAGUGGCCCAGACACCCUGAGAAUGUGCGCAUCUAUGGAGGAGAGUACAAUGUCAAGCAAGAUGGAACGAAUCGCAGUGAUUUCCUGCUUGGGGCAAGUUACUUCAAUGGGCCCUUGUAUUGGAUGUCACCCGACAUCGCCCGAUUCAUUACCACAAAAUGCAACCGAACGGCCCUGCGGACAAGUGCCGAAGACAUGACGAUUGGUAACUACAUCAACUCGUUCCCAUAUACGAUCAAUCGAUACCAACUGACGAGACGAAGCUAUGCACAUCCAUUCAAGGAGAUCCCAGCAUUCCGAAAACGGUUUGCUCGUUACCAACGAAGGUUCAUCCAGUAUAAUCAUCAUUGA